AGUGACAUCUGGUGGUGAGAUUACGACACUACUAAAGUGAGCUCUUUCAGGGACAUUUUUGUGUGUCCAAAAUGUAUUUUAAUUUUUUUUUUUUUUUUUCAUGUUGCAGAAAUUGCAGUUCUAGUGUGUUACAAGAAAACGGCAAACAUUUACAUCACGUUGCGGGUAUGUGCAGUCCAACUUUCCGCGCCACUGAAGUAAAUUGACUCCUAGCUCAUGUUGCUAUCGAUAAAGUCUUCCAACAGCGAGGUGUAUCACCGUCAUGUAAAUAUAUGGUGGCUGUUUCUCUUCCCUGGGGGCAUGGGAGAAGCCUGGGGGUCCCAAGUCAACACGUAAUGAGCCCUAAUUAACUGUAAAUAACUGCCAGCAUGGGUCGACAACAGCAGUUAGCUUUGUAUCUGCAUUUGAAUAGGAGGCAGCGUCGUUAAGCUAAUACGUAAACACUCCUUAUCACAACACCAAUAUGCGUGGUUUGGUCAAAUCUUUAUCUCUGCUGCUGACAGUCUUCUAUGUUAAGUCUUCAAGAUAGGUCGAGGUAACUGUUAGUUAAGAGGACUUUACAGGCUUUGCCAACUGUGUGAAUGCGCUCUGGUGUGUGCCCGAGGAGAGGCUUUACUGGAGGUUUCUGUGGGGAGAAGGAGGGAGCCAGACAGGCGACAGUCAGCGCUGUCUUGGCCUCCGGGCAGAGACAGAGAGCGAGCCGGCCCGAGCCAAUGAGAAGAAGACAUCCACUCCCCUUCUGCCCUGCCCUGCCCGGCUUGGCUCAGCUCGGCGCGCCCUGUAAUUAGGAGCUCUAGUUGGGUUGGGCGCCGCCACGGUGGACAGCCCGGCUGCUGCGUCAAGGGAGUUUGGGAACGCCAGCUCCAGGCUUAAAGUCUAUCUCUAUCUGAACACUCCUGGUUUAGAGUUUAGAGCGACAAAGUUGUAAUAUGAACGGGCAGUCCUCACCUGUCUUCGAGGAGAAGAAACCAACCCUCCCCAUGGCUGGGAGCUCCAUCUCGGCGACCAAAGAUUCCCCGACCCUGCCGGAGUCCUCAUCCACAGACAUGGGCUUCUACAGCGGCCAGAGUGUGCUCCACGGAUCGCAGGAUUUCUACCCGGCGCAGCAGUCGUACUCAGCUCAACACAUGAACCCGUACGCGUACCACCACUAUACUAACUUACACGGGAUGGGUUCUGGCGGCGCCUACCCUGUUGGCAAGGCAGAAUACCCUCCUUACCCGCAUUCAGCGUACAGAGAGCACGGUGCAUUCAGCCGGGAGGUCCACUCAACGCUGCAGGACAGUGUGAAAGAGGAACCAGACUUGGAGGUUCGGAUGGUCAACGGGAAGCCCAAGAAGGUGCGCAAGCCCCGGACCAUCUACUCCAGCUACCAGCUGGCAGUCCUGCAGAGGAGAUUCCAGUCGGCACAGUACCUGGCCCUGCCAGAGCGGGCUGAGCUGGCUGCACAGCUGGGCCUCACACAGACACAGGUCAAAAUUUGGUUCCAGAACCGUCGCUCCAAGUUUAAGAAGCUCUACAAGAGCGGCGAGUUUCCACUCGGGGAUAUUCCUCUUGAACACAGUCCUGACGCAAGCGAUUCCAUGGCCUGCAACUCUCCUCCAUCCCCAGCUGUGUGGGACAACAACAACAACAACAACAACAGCAACAGUAACAACAACAGCGGCAGCAAUAACAGCAACAACACAAGCAUCGACGGCAGCUUCAAGAGUAACGCAAUGAUGGAUCCUACCAGCAGGGGGCAGGCUCCUUAUCAGCCUCCUGUUGAUUCCUCCUCGCCCGCCUGCAUGGGGGAGUACACACACCAGAACUGGUACCAGCAGCAGGGUGCACAUUUAGGUCUGCCCCAGUCGGGCCCGACGCAUCACACACCACCAACAGCACCGUCAGCCGCACCGAGUCUGGGAGCCGUCUACUGACGCUGAAACACGCACUCUGCACAACAGUGUGACUUUAACACAGGGCGGGGUGUGUGUG